UUCCAGGACUGACCUGAAGUUCACCACCCCAGAGGAGAGUUAAACAUUUUAUGGUUAAAAGUCUCCCAAGCACCAAGGCAGAGCAUCAUGAGGAGUCUCCUGGACAUUUUGCUGGGGCUUUUGUGCUCCCAGGUUUGCUGUGUGAGCGGAAUACAGGUGGAGCAGAGUCCUUCGGCCCUGAGUCUCCAGGAGGGAGCCAGUUCCACGCUGUGGUGCAAUUUUUCUACCUCUAUAAACAACCUGCAGUGGUUUCGUCAAAAUCCCGGAGGACGCCUCAUCACCCUGUUUUACGUUCCUUCGGGGACAAAGCGGAAUGGAAGAUUAAAUGCCACGACAGUCGCUAACGAGCGCCACAGCUCACUGCACGUUUCUUCUUCCCAGACCACAGACUCAGCCGUGUAUUACUGCGCGGUGGGGCCACAGCGCUCCCGGGACACCUGCAGCCUGUGCAGGAACCUCCCGGGCUCCGCCCUUCCCUCAGCCACAGCGCCACACAGGCCCUCGGCAGCACGUGCACAGCUUAGCAUUUUUUCCUGCUUCGGUAGAGAUUUAAGCGCAGGGGUGAGUGGCCAACAGCGGGAAAAAAGUGACCAGCAGCAGGUGAAACAAGGGUCUCAGUCUUUGGUGCUCCAAGAAGGAGAGAUCUCCAUUCUGAACUGUUCUUAUGAGAACAGCGCAUUUUAUUACUUCCCAUGGUACAAGCAAUACCCUGGUAAAGGCCUUGAAUUAAUAGCAGGCAUACGAUCAGUUGAAAAUAAAAAUGAAGUUGGAAGAUUCACAACCUUCUUCAAUAAAAGUGAGAAACGUUUCUCUUUGCACAUCGCUGCUUCCCAGCCCGGAGACUCAGCCACCUACUUCUGUGCAGCAAGCGCACAGUGCUCUCCACACACCUGCAGCCUGACCCAAACCUGCAGACAGGGCCCCGGCCGACCUCGCUGUGGGUAG